CUAUACACUUGGGACUUUUUUAAAUGGAAGCAUCGUCCUGUUAUUCUCAGUUGUACCGGUGAAGUGCUUACGUUUUCGGUUAAAUACAGGUUCUCAUCGCGUUUGUUGGUUGUGACUUACGCCUACACAGAUGCGUUGGAGUUAUCUUUCCAGAUGGUUAUAAGGUGACUAACACAUCUGAGACGCUUUGAUGAUAUCGGGAAUUAGUAACGAGAAAUGGACAUGGCGGCGGCAAAAGGAAGUGUGAUCAACAAGACACGUGUUUCUGGGAAAAAUGAUAAUUUCAAGGGGCCUUUAGCUGCAACUUGGCCGACCUGGAAGUCGUCUAAGCCGGGGAAAGUGCCAUCCACGGGGAAAUGGUUAAAUGACUAUGAUGUUUCUUUGGACCGCGGACACUCUCUGGAAGUGCUACAUUUAAAGAAAUCUAACACGGCGGCCAUGAGUUCCACAGCGCAGAACCGGCAAGAGGACAUUCCACUUGAUCUACAUGAUCAUGACGAUGACGAAGAUGAAGAUGAAACCGAAAUGACAACUGAAGAGAAACGGGCUAUGUUCAAUGCGGUUGGUGUAGGUGAUAUUGAUUUGCUGGAGGAUUUACUGGAUCAACCAAACGCGGACAUAAACGUAGAGUGGUUUGGAGAAAACCUUCUGAUGGCUGCUAUAAGGUCUGGACAGUGCGAGAUGGCGGAUUUUCUAAUCGACAACGGGGUGAACUUUAACCACCAGAAGAAAGUCAUAGAACUCGAAGAAGAUACAGACCACAAAGCUUCCGUUUACCACGUGUCAUGCAGACAAAUGGCCUACGACAAAGGACUUUCUAAUAUCGUCGAGCUGAUUGAUGUAAAAAACGGCGAGCUUUUCCCUUUUGUGAAACCACGUGAGCGGCAGAUGCGUUUGAGGCGACCCGUAAAAGUAACGGCGAGUGAAAAUGACUGCCAAGGUGGUUCGCCCGAGCCAAAAGACGGUGGUUCAGCCGUGACGUCACGGCGGGAAGCUGAAAAGAACACGAAAGUUAACCUUCGAAGGGAAUCGUCAGACAACGACAGCCUCAGAGACAAUGACACUGAUUCUGGUCAUCACAGUGACAUUAGUCGCAGGGAAGACAUCGCUGACAGUCCUGACACGAGUUUUGAGCAGACCAAGGACGAGUUCCGUCAAGGGAAGGCGAUUCCCCAUGAUGAAGGAUACUGUUCUAUUUCUCCAUUAAGCUCUCGAAGGGGGACACCUACGGACAGCAUGACUAAUGUGAACAAAGCACUCAUGAUUAAAUCGACUAAAUCAGCUCUUGGUAUUAAAAGAGAGACGACAAAAAUCUCCGAAUCCAAACUUCGAGAUGGGCCUUCUGUGAGAAAAGAGGUGAAUGCAGCUGGAAGCUACUCGAGGGAACGGAGACUCUGGACUCCCAAGAGUAAGAAAGGUACACCUGACCUACUUGAACUGUCCAGCGACGAGAACCCGCCUGCUUUGGUUCGAACCCAGUCCCCGUGGCAAGACGACAGACCAGCCAACAGCCGACGACACCGACGUCUCCCUAUUCCACCAACCUGCAAUGCUCAACCGCACAAGCCGCGUAUUAUGUCUCCCCCGUCACAGUCUGGCAACAAGGUAUCCAAAAUACUGACUCAAACUAAAAUCGUCACGUUGCCUAACAAACUGUCCUUCCCUUCGUUGCGGACCCCUAUACAAGCAACGCGGAUUGAUGUACCGGGUGAAACUCUUCUCGAGUCGUCUUCCAGAUCGCCGGUGAGAACGCAGCUGAGGUAUGGACAAGGUGUGUCAGCAGGUGUUUCAGCAGUAGAUUCACACCAAAGCAGGAAGUACGAUGAACAUUUUGUCAUCAAUACGGAAUUGGUGAAGAGGAAAAAAUCGGGCUACCGAUCAUGACCUUUGGUAUAGUGCACAGCUUUCGGUGACCUCAGUUUAUCUAUGCACGUGUGACAAAAGCAACGUAUUGCUGUGGAUAUUAUCCAAUAGGCUAUUUUGUAUGUACAACCUGCUAGUAUUGGGAACAUAUAGCUGGUCUUCUUCUCGAAUUUACAAAUACAAAAUGUCAUCAUUUACGAAUGUUUACAUGGAACAACGAACUAUAGGCUUUUAUAAGAUCAUCGUGGAAGGUUAUGAUCUUGUUAACCAGUCAACUGUGUCUUAAGGCAGUUUUCUAUAUCAUUGUAAGAAAACGUGCUUGAGGUCUGUUGAAAUUUAUAGAGCCCUGGACACAAAUCAUCUAGACCUACACUGUACUGGAUACCCUUUGGCAUCAACAACCAUGUGUAUGGCUUGCAAACUGACGGAAAAAAAAUGCCUUUCAUAGAUUUCACAUAAAAACAUGUACAUUGAUAGGCCUAUAUAUAUUUUAAUUGCAUUUGGACAUGAUGUUUCAUUGGAAAAAUGAUCAACCAAGCCAACUUUAUCUGUCAUUUAUAAAUACGAUACGAUCUAGUCCGUGUUAGUUUGAAGGCCAGUACUUUUUCUUUGUUAUCAGUCCAAUGAUCCUUGUAGGCACUUAAAGCGCCCGAUGGCUUGAAGCAUUGUCUUUAUCACAGAAUGCUGUAUUGGCGGUUAUUUCCUAUUUGCUGUUAGUAGAUUAAUUAUAAUGGAGAUUGUCUUCCCCUUCUGGUGUGUUUUUGAUGAGUACAGCUGUGCUUUCAUGACGCCACAACUUAGAAUAUCAGAAUGCAUAUCUUGUGCAAGAUGCUAGUAGCUAGUAUAUGCUUUUGAGAAUGUUCUGUGCGUCAUAGCAGAUGCCACCCAUGGAAAAUGCAUACAUAAUAUAUGCAUACAUAAUAUAGACAUGGGAGUGUAAUUAUUGUAGUGCGUUAUAGAAUAUCAGUAUGCGCUACAUGCAUGCACGACUGCAGCGCACGGAUUUCAUCUAGCAGAGCUGAGUUUGACUGUCGAUACAUUACAUAUUACCAGUAAUACUUUUUCCUGUACAUUUACACCGAAUACCAUUCUACAUCUGGGAGUAUUACGCUGUAUUACACACCGUUGACUGUAUGAAAUAUUUGAUACCUUGCUGCUGUCGAUGAUACAUCACGAGGCAGCAAACGUUACUAGAAAAUGCAAACAAUGUAUAUAAAUAGUUUUAUGUUACAGCUCUGAAUGUAAACCAUCCAGAGCGGUGAAUUUGGAACUGUUUCUUUUCAAAGUAUGGAACAGUUUGUUUCACUACUUUGAGUCAUACCCGUAUGAUAUGUUAUUUAAGUCCAAAAACUUUGAUCAUUGAGGUUUGCUCAGUUCCAUGCUACUGUUUGCAUUAUUUGCAGUAUUCAAUUUUCGGGUGACAAUAUUUUAGACAGUGUGCAUAGCACUUGCACUGGUUCACUGUUUGAAGUGUUGUUCGUGUGUCAACGUACAAUGAAAAUUUUUCGCUAUAUAUGUAUAAUCGAUUGUGUAUUACUUGUCAGUCCAUUCGCUCAGAUGCCACUGCUCACUCCAUCACCAGGGUUGACACUUAGGUCAACAGUUGGCUACCAGGAUUUUCUUUCUUCCGUGAUUCUGAAUAUCUGUACUUGUGUUUCCACAAGUCGUAGACAUUCGAGCAUAGCAUGGUAACAUAUUCAAGAGAUCGAUGUGCGUGCACCACAUCUGUUCAUGUACUGAUCAGAACUGCGUGCGUGCAAGUGAACGGACUUCCCACAGCUAGAUGGAGCAUGUGACUUAGCUUGGCCUUGUGAAGAUGGAUAUAAGUUGCUGUACAUGCAAGUACAUUACGAACUACUUUGACAAAGCCGAACUUAACUCUCGUGGUCAUUGCAUGAGGUAUGAUCGCUUGUAAUUUUUGUCAGUAGUAUUCCUUUAUAACCACCACUAUAUAACAUUUGUUUAUGACGCACGGCAGUGAGUGGCUCAGGUAUGGUUGAAUAUGAAUAUGGUUAGGAAUUCCCACGCAACUCGAUACGUUAUUGGGCAAACGCAUAUAACGUUGAAGAUUAUGAAUUUCCUCCCACUGCAAUACUAUAUUGGGCAAACGCAUUGUUUUGGAGAUUUUGACUUUCCACGGGAUUAUGGCGUGUCGUUUACUUCAGAUGGAACAUAAUUUGUUCUAGAUUAAGAGCCGUCAGACAGUGUGAUGCUUCAUUUAUAUCAUGUUGGGGUUUCUGAGUUACCACUUGUGAUACACUCAUUGGCACAGGUUUUGUACAAGGUUCAGAACUCAUGAGCGACGCUAUACAGAAAACGGCCCACUUUUCUUGAAGACUUUAUAUUGAUACAUCAAAUAUAACACAGGUUGUUCAUGGUUUUGAGCACUGUCGCACGGCGGGAUGCGUUGACACUUCGCACUUUGUUGAAGAUCAUUAUUUUCACCCUCUUCUGAUGAGAUGUUAAAUACGCCUACAUGACGACAGCCUUUUCUGUAAACAUAAUUUAACAUGUGUAUAUCACUAGACCUGUUCAUUGGCGUUUUGAACCAUCUCGGUAUUCUUAUCUUAUAUAGAUGUGCUUGAAGAGAAGAUGUUUUUGGCAGGGAUAUCGAUAUGCAGCAGGGAUAACUAAUUUUACCAAUGCUUUGCCAAGUGUCCUAUUAUCCUGACACGGGUAUUGAGAUACUGGGCACCUUCCAACAGCUUUUCAUUAGUGGGGCCUAGCCCUAUAUACAUGUAUUACUUCGGGUAGCAGGAAUUGUCAUUGUAACACGAACACCUGUAUUAAUUCGUGGACAACUGGUUUGUUUCAGUGUGAAGAACCAUUUCCCUCCUUAUCAGAAUUAUUUACUUAUCUUCCCCUCCGUCCCAAUUUGUGAUAUAAAACUUUCCGUCCUUACAGAGAUUUACUUUAUGUGUUUAAUUUGUUCUGAGAUGUGUAUUUAUAUGUUUAUAAUAUAAUUUAGAUGUAUUUCUAUUCUCAGUUUGAUCGAUAAAUGUACACAAAUUGUGAUAAACAACAAAUACUUUUAAAAAAAUUUUUCAUCAUUUUCCCCAGUACACGUUUAAUUAAACAUUUUAUAUCUUCCCUGAAUGAUACAGCUAAUAGGUGUAGUAUAGACUGCAUAAACUAGCAUAGUCAUUCUGCAUGGCAUAUUUUAUCCAACAGUUGUGUCGAGCGUUGAAUUAUUUAUGUGCUUUGUCCAGAAUUGUCUUUGACGUGUUAUGAAUGACAGACGAUAGCCUGUAAUAUCAUAAAGCAACAAACUCCAUGAAUCAAAAACGUUAUAAUAUCUACAUAUUUACAGAUCACUGCAUGCAGAGUCCCGUAUAUUUCGUUAACAGCAUAAAUCUUUAUCACUGGGAAUUUAGGCAUCAACAUUUAGGCCUAUAUGUACAAACUUUUCAAGAAAGUGUUUGGUGUUUAUAGCGCUAGGGAAACUUUACGGAAAGAUUACUUCCUGUAUACGGUGUAAUGGUGUGAAAUUCUAGCCUGUGUGAAAAUGCUUCUGUACAUUUCCAUCAGCAAAAGACAUCAGUCAGUUGCUUCACAUUUAUCAAGUAUUUUAGGCCUAAAGAUGUCAAUGUUUUCUUUGGUAGCAGCAUACAAAAUGCACUCUAUCCUAUACCGACAUUGUUUAAAAACGUCUGGAUCUGUAUAAUGAAUCAGCUUGUAAAAAUCCUUAGCGUUUCUACACUUAUUAAAGCACAAUCCCUAAUCUUAACACAGAUUUGACCUUUACCAUGACUCGAUAAACCAUGGUCUUAAUGUACAUAUAGAGCAAUCUGGAUUUUGCAUUUAAUAUAUGUAAAGGCAUACGACACAAUAUUCUCAUGUAUCGUGUAUGUUUUAAUACAGAAGUUUUGUUUUAUAUAUUGAUUUAUUACAACUACUUAAGGCUUGUUUGAUGGUCAAGACAUCGACAUAUCUCUAUUUUCUUACUGUGAUAAAGAGGGAGCAGAACAGAUUCAGUCGCAGAUUGUUAUUUGGUGCUAGGCCGGCUGAAUACGACGAGAAAAGAUUAUCUAUUACAUGUAUGGAGGUUUA